AUGGUUGAAGGUGGACGCUCUUCCCCAUCAGACAAUGCUGUUCCCCCCCCCCCAAUAGCCUCUACCCAGAACAUCGGGGCUCUCUCCCGCCUCUCUCCCCAGCCAUCAACAUCUAGACAGAGUAGAAUCACCGACUUUGUACAGCAGACAGAAGGCGAAAAUACAAACAUAACCUCCACUGCAGCUGAAAUAACAGUAAAAAGCCCAAAGAAGAAGGUUGUGCGAAAACCUCGUCAGAAGUCUCGCUACCUGAUACCAACGACAACAGUGAAGAAAUAUUUCAACCAUUUUGCCGGCAUGCGUGUGGCCAAGGACGCUAUUAAGGAGGUCAUGAAAGUGUCUGAGACGUACUGGGAUAACUUGUGUGCGGACUUGGAGGCAUACGCCAGACAUGCUGGCAGGAAACGCAUACAGAUGGCCGACUUUGAACUGCUCUUUAAGAGGCAAGGCUAUGUAACAGAGAAGACCAGUCUUAACUCCUUGAUUCGUCGCUACCUCCCCUGGGAAGAAGCUGAUAAACUAAUACCAGUCAUUGGCGCAGACAGCAAGAUAUACCCAAAACUGUAGACUGCUACCACCGACGAUGCGGUUCAAUAUUGGUGAUUUAAUACCAUUCAUUAGGGCGGACAACAAGAUAUACCCAAAAGUGUAGACUGCUACCACCGACCAUGUGAUUCAAUGUUAGUGAUUUAAUACCAGUCAUUGGAUUGGACAACAAAAUAUACACUGAAAUAAACACAGCUAUUUCCUUGUGGUUUAUAAUUGAUGAUUUAAGUCCAGGCAUUGGGGCAGAGAACAUUAUAUAUCUUAAAAUUGGUGAUUUUAGAGCCGUCAUUGAGGCAGACAACAAGAUAUACAUGUUCUACCAAAAAUAUCAACACUGUCAUCGCAGCAGACAACAAAAUAUACCUAAACUGUUGACUGCUGUCAUAAAGUGUUCAAAACAGUCAACCAUGUGAUGUUUGUUGAUAUAUAUAUAUUUGUAUAUCGUAAAAGAAAAAGUUUUCUGUUUUCUUUUUAAUAAUAAAAGUGUCAUGGAAUCAGUGUAAUUAUGUAGCUUGACCAUUAUGGUAAUGUAACCAUUCAUUUUCAUUUAUUGAAAAAGAAUUUCAAGUCUGAAUCAACAGUCAUGUUACAAAAUGUACAUACAAGGCAAGGACAUGAUCAUCAAGGAUAUCAUUUGGUAUUCAAAUGUGUAGAUGCAUGUAGAUAUUGUUUUGAGAUAAUGUCUGUAAAGAAAUAUUUCCGCUGUACAACCAUUUGUUGUUCAUAAAAUAAUUUGAUGACAAUGACUAUCUAUAGUUUAUAUGUUGUUGUUUUUUCCAGGAAAAGUCAAGGUAUUGUCAAUUCAAAUGAAACUUGGUACACGUGUUGCUAGAUACGCAUAUGUAAAUCAAAGCCCGUAACUCUGAUCAUAAGUAUUAUCAAGUUAUGCCCAUUUUUUACUAAAAUACAUACAAAUUCUUUAACCUUGGCAAUAAGAAUCAUUUAUGUAAGUCAUAUAAUGAUUAAAAUAUUAUACUAGUAUUUUUAUGUUCCUUGUGUUUUACAUCAAUAAUUAAUGUUGUUAUAUCAAUAUUUCAUCAUAGCAUUAACUCGGGUUAAAGA